CGAGCCCCUCCGAGCCCCCCGGCAUGUGAGCGCCCGGCACCGCUGGUCCCACCCGGCUCCGAGCGGCAGCGGCACCGCGACGGCCCCAGCACCCCCCCAACCCCGACCGGGCCCGGCCCCCUCAGCCCGGCACAGGCCCCGCCGCCGCCACCGCCAUGGCGCUGAAGAUGGUGAAGGGCAGCAUCGACCGCAUGUUCGACAAGAACCUGCAGGACCUGGUGCGCGGCAUCCGCAACCACAAGGAGGACGAGGCCAAGUACAUCUCGCAGUGCAUCGAUGAGAUCAAGCAGGAGCUGAAGCAGGACAACAUCGCGGUGAAGGCCAACGCCGUCUGCAAGCUGACCUAUUUACAGAUGCUGGGCUAUGACAUCAGCUGGGCUGCUUUCAACAUUAUCGAAGUCAUGAGUGCAUCCAAGUUUACAUUCAAGCGCAUCGGUUACCUGGCUGCCUCCCAGUGCUUUCAUGAGGGGACUGAUGUCAUCAUGUUGACAACCAAUCAGAUCCGGAAGGAUCUGAGUAGCCCUAACCAGUAUGAUACUGGAGUUGCACUGACUGGCUUGUCCUGUUUUGUUACUCCAGAUCUUGCCAGGGACUUGGCAAAUGACAUCAUGACUCUGAUGUCCCACACCAAGCCUUACAUCAGGAAGAAGGCAGUGCUGAUCAUGUACAAGGUGUUCCUCAAGUACCCCGAGUCCCUCCGUCCUGCCUUUCCUCGCCUUAAAGAGAAACUUGAAGAUCCCGAUCCCGGUGUGCAAUCUGCUGCAGUCAACGUGAUUUGUGAGCUGGCUCGACGCAAUCCCAAAAACUACCUGUCCCUCGCUCCCCUCUUCUUCAAGCUGAUGACUUCAUCCACCAAUAAUUGGGUCCUCAUUAAAAUUAUAAAACUGUUUGGUGCUCUUACUCCAUUAGAACCAAGACUGGGCAAGAAGCUGAUUGAGCCCCUGACCAACCUCAUCCACAGCACCUCAGCCAUGUCUCUCCUGUAUGAAUGUGUGAACACAGUAAUAGCAGUGCUGAUCUCUCUGUCCUCGGGGAUGCCCAACCACAGCGCCAGCAUCCAGCUGUGUGUUCAGAAGUUGAGGAUACUGAUAGAAGACUCUGACCAGAACUUGAAGUACCUGGGACUGUUGGCAAUGUCCAAAAUCCUGAAAACGCACCCCAAGUCGGUUCAGUCCCACAAGGAUCUCAUUCUGCAGUGUUUGGAUGACAAGGAUGAGUCCAUCAGGCUCAGAGCUUUAGAUCUCCUCUAUGGCAUGGUAUCGAAGAAGAACCUGAUGGAGAUUGUGAAGAAGCUGAUGAUCCACGUGGACAAAGCCGAGGGGACGACGUACCGGGACGAGCUGCUGACCAAGAUCAUCGACAUCUGCAGUCAGUCCAACUACCAGUACAUCACCAACUUCGAGUGGUACAUCAGCAUCCUGGUGGAGCUGACCCGCCUGGAGGGCACGAGGCACGGCCACCUCAUCGCCGCGCAGAUGCUGGACGUGGCCAUCCGGGUGAAGGCCAUCCGGAAGUUCGCGGUGUCGCAGAUGGCCACGCUGCUGGACAACGCCCACCUGCUGGCCAGCAACACGCAGCGCAACGGCAUCUGCGAGGUGCUCUACGCGGCCGCCUGGAUCUGCGGGGAGUUCUCCGAACACCUGGAGGAAGCCAACCAGACCCUGGAAGCCAUGCUGAGGCCCAAAGUGACGACUCUGCCCGGCCACAUCCAGGCAGUGUACGUGCAGAACAUGGUGAAGCUCUACGCGUCCAUCCUGCAGCACAAGGAGCAGGCUGGGGACAAGGAAGCAGCUCAGGAGAUCACCCAGCUGAUGAUCGAGCGCCUGCCCCAGUUUGUCCAGAGCGCAGACCUGGAGGUGCAGGAGAGGGCUUCUUGCAUCUUGCAGCUGAUAAAAUACAUUCAGAAGCUACAAGCAAAAGAAGUUCCUGUAGCUGAGGAGGUGAUAGCCCUGUUUGCUGGUGAGCUCAACCCUGUGGCUCCUAAAGCACAGAAGAAAGUACCUGUUCCAGAGGGCCUGGACCUCGAUGCCUGGAUCAAUGAACCUCCCUCAGACAGCGAGUCUGAAGAUGAAAAGCCCAAAACAAUCUUUCAUGAAGAGGAGCAAAGGCAUUCCAGGCACAGACAGCCAGAGAUAGAUGAAGAGGAGCUGGCCAGACGUCGGGAAGCCCGGAAACAAGAGCAGGCAAACAACCCAUUUUACAUUAAAAGCUCUCCUUCCCCACAGAAGAGAUACCAAGACACUCCAGGGGUGGAACAUAUUCCUGUGGUCCAGAUCGACCUUUCUGUCCCAUUAAAAGUUCCAGGAAUGCCCAUGUCUGACCAGUACGUGAAGCUGGAGGAGGAGAGGAGGCACAAACAGAAGCUGGAGAAGGACAAGAAGAAGAAGAAGCAGAAGAAGGAGAAGAGGGGGAAGCACCACCGGCACAACUCCCUGCACACGGAGAGCGAGGAGGACAUUGCCCCUGCCCACCACGUGGACAUCAUCACCGAGGAGAUGCCCGAGAAUGCUUUGCCCAGCGAUGAAGAUGACAAAGAUCCCAAUGAUCCCUAUAAAGCACUUGACAUCGAUCUGGAUAAGCCCUUAGCAGACAGUGAGAAGCUGCCAGUGCAGAGACACAGGAACGUCGAGACCCUCAAGUCACCGGACUCUGAAGCUCCCCUGGUAGAGAAGAAGAGCAAGAAACCCAAAAAGAAGGAGAAGAAACACAAAGAAAAAGAGAGAGACAAAGGAAAGAAGAAAGAGAAGGAGAAAAAGGUGGUAGAGGAGGAGGAGGAGGAGGAAGAACAAAAAAAGGGGGAAGACUUGGAUUUCUGGCUCUCUACUGCUCCAGCUCCUGCUCCCACACCCCAGGCACAGAGCCAGCCUGCCCCAGGAGCUGCUGUGCUGGCUGAACCUCAGGAGGCCAGGAAGGAAGAAAGGGAAGAGGAAGAGGAGGAUGAGGAUGAUGAAGGAAAGCAGAAAUCCUCCAAGCAUAAGAAGAAAAAGCACAAGAAGGAGAAAGAGGAGAAAUCCAAGGAUAAAAAGAAAUCCAAAAAGAAGAGUCAUCCCAGCGAGGAGGAGCCCCCGGCGUCGGUGCAGAACGGAACACUAGAGGAUGAGCCACUACCACCCAUGUCCAGUUACCGCCUUCUUGCUGAAAAUCCGUACAUUAAAAUGACCUAUGACAUCCAAGGAAACCUGCAGAACGACAGUCAAGUGACUGUGUCUGUCAUCUUUGAGAACAAAAGCAGCAGCUUCCUCAAGAGCAUGGAACUAAAUGUCCUGGACUCUCUCAACACUAAAAUGCUCCGACCAGAAGGAUCCUCAGUCCACGAUGGGAUUCCUGUGCCCUUCCAGCUCCCCCCUGGAAUCUCUAAUGAAGCCCAGUUUGUGUUUACACUUCAGAGUAUUGUUAUGGCUCAGAAGUUAAAAGGAACACUGUCCUUUAUAGUCAAAAAUGAUGAAGGCUCAACCCACGAAAAACUAGAUUUCAAAUUGCACUUCAGUUGUGCUUCAUACUUGAUCACCACGCCUUGCUAUAGUGAUGCUUUUGCCAAGCUCCUGGAGUCUGGAGACCUGCACAUGAGUUCUAUUAAAGUAGAUGGAAUUAGCAUUUCUUUCCAGCAUCUACUGGCAAAGAUCUGUUUUCAUCAUCAUUUUUCAGUUGUGGAGCGUGUGGAUUCCUGUGCAUCCAUGUACAGCCGUUCAAUCCAGGGCCAUCACGUCUGCCUACUGGUAAAAAAGGGAGAGAACUCAGUAUCCAUAGAUGGGAAAUGUAACGAUUCCACCCUGCUUAGCAACCUGUUGGACGAGAUGAAAGAGACAUUGUCCAAGUGCUGAAUAUUCCCUCUCCAGUAUUCCAAGGACAAGGAACACAGCUGAGUGUAAAGAUGAGCAGACCCAAGUGUUAAGUUUCUCCCUUGGCAUGUACUACCCUGGGGCACUGCUUUCAGUUAACUCCACCCUCCCGUGCAGUUUAGGCAUUUUAAGGCUGUAUUUGUUACCUUUUUAUUUCCACGACUUUUUACAAACCGUGAUGUUAACCCUUUCUAGCCCAAAGAGAUCCUGGUGACAUGACUGGAGGAGGGGAGGGAGGGGAGGGCACUAUUUAUUCAGCAGCUCAUGAUGAUCCCAUGACCUUCCAUCUGCGUGGGAACGAGGGAUGAGCAGGACUUCAUCACCAGUAGCACAGUCUGUUGCUUGUGCUUAUGCCAGGGAAGGUUGACUGAAUCCUUAGCCAUGGAAUAUGUCUUCAGGGCUGCUGUAGUUGAUGUACAUUUCUAGCAGAGGCUGGUGCUGGACCUGAAGGCCUCUUUUUUUUGUUUUGGUUUUUUUU